CAGGGCAACUGCUGGCCCAGCAUGUCUGUCUCAGGCCCCCUCCCUCGCAGUGUGUCACAACCGCGGAGGCGGCCGUAUCUGGAGCAGUUGGGGUGGGCAGGCCCAGCUGGGAGGCGAGCGGGCGAGGAGAGCUGCCACGAUGCCAUCAUACUGACGGUGUCUAUGGUGGCUCCCCUGUGACAGUCCUGGGCUCUGUAUGCACACCCUGUGUGUGAUAUCUCAGAAGGUCGGUGCUUAGGAAUGAAUGUGAAUGCUGGCGCCAUGUGUUGUAAGGUCAAGCGGGAAUGCAUAUCAGUCCACGUGGGUCAAGCUGGAGUUCAGAUUGGCAAUGCCUGCUGGGAGCUCUUCUGCUUGGAACAUGGCAUCCAGGCAGAUGGGACCUUUGGCACUCAGGCCAGCAAGGUCAACGAUGACGACUCCUUCACCACCUUCUUCAGUGAGACUGGCAAUGGCAAGCAUGUGCCCCGGGCUGUCAUGGUCGACCUGGAACCUACGGUAGUAGAUGAGGUGCGGGCAGGAACCUACCGCCAGCUCUUCCAUCCCGAGCAGCUGAUCACGGGGAAGGAGGAUGCGGCUAACAAUUAUGCCCGUGGGCACUAUACGGUGGGCAAGGAGAGUAUUGACCUGGUGCUGGACCGCAUCCGUAAGCUGACAGAUGCCUGCUCCGGCUUGCAGGGCUUCCUCAUCUUCCACAGCUUCGGAGGCGGCACAGGCUCUGGCUUCACUUCUCUCUUGAUGGAACGCCUUUCCCUUGACUAUGGCAAGAAAUCCAAGCUGGAAUUCUCCAUCUACCCAGCUCCACAAGUGUCCACAGCUGUGGUAGAGCCCUAUAACUCCAUCCUGACGACCCACACCACCCUGGAGCACUCGGACUGUGCUUUCAUGGUGGACAAUGAAGCCAUCUAUGACAUCUGUCGCCGGAACCUGGACAUCGAGCGCCCCACCUACACCAACCUCAACCGCCUCAUCAGCCAGAUUGUGUCCUCAAUCACUGCCUCUCUCCGCUUCGACGGAGCCCUCAAUGUGGACCUCACAGAGUUCCAAACCAACCUAGUACCCUAUCCCAGAAUCCAUUUCCCGCUGGUCACUUACGCACCCAUCAUUUCCGCAGAGAAAGCCUACCAUGAGCAGCUGUCUGUGGCAGAGAUAACUAGUUCCUGCUUUGAGCCCAACAGCCAGAUGGUGAAGUGUGACCCGCGUCACGGCAAAUACAUGGCCUGCUGUAUGCUCUACCGUGGGGAUGUGGUACCCAAGGACGUGAAUGUCGCCAUUGCUGCCAUCAAGACCAAGAGAACCAUCCAGUUUGUUGACUGGUGUCCCACGGGUUUCAAGGUGGGCAUCAACUACCAGCCUCCCACUGUUGUGCCAGGAGGGGACCUGGCUAAAGUCCAGCGAGCCGUGUGCAUGCUGAGCAACACCACAGCCAUCGCAGAGGCCUGGGCCCGCCUGGACCACAAGUUUGAUCUCAUGUACGCCAAGCGGGCCUUCGUACAUUGGUAUGUUGGAGAGGGAAUGGAGGAAGGAGAGUUUUCCGAGGCCAGGGAGGACCUGGCUGCUCUGGAGAAGGAUUAUGAAGAAGUGGGGACUGAUUCAUUUGAAGAAGAAAAUGAGGGGGAGGAAUUUUAAAUAUACACCUGCCCCAUGACUGCGUCUUGUUGUUUGUGUUGCUCCACUCUAACCAUGGUGGGUUCAUCUCCUAGCACUGUUCACGGACAGACAGACAGACAGGGCAGUAGCAGUUGUGCCUGCUCACUCCCCUUUUCUCUUCUUAGUAUGCUGUACUCAUGGUUGCAUGGGAAAAAGAAACCACAGAAAGAGAAAGUAAAAGACUGGCCUGUCGGUACCAGCCCAGUUCCUGUCCUACAUAGAUUAGGGUUCUUGACUCCAGCACAAGGGUACCGAGCACACAGGGAACCUCCUCCCUCCCCUGGAAUGAGAACAGCUUCAUUCCUAAAGAAUGAAGUUAAGGUGGACAAGUCACACACGCACAGGGUGGGUGGGGUAAGGAGGAAUCUUUAUUCUAGGUGGGUUAGUUUGCUUACCCCUAAGACAGUCCUUCUGGGGGAGGAAUGGGGAAAUACCAGGAUCCCACUCUUGGAAGAUGCCGUGGAGAGAGCAAAUAGGAACUCGUGAAACGGAUCUGUGGCACAGCUCUGAGCUCAUCUGGAUCCAUCAUGAUCCCCCGAAGGGGGGAGGUAUCCCAAGACCCUCAUUAGGUGUUGACAGCCACCGAGAGUCCUGGCUCUGUAUGUAUGUUUAUAUGUAUGUAUGUGUGUGUUUGUGUGUAUUUUAAUACUUACAUUAUGAAAUACAAUUUAUAUAUCAGCACAGUGAAAGAUUAAUAGUCGCCAUCAAUGAAAUAAACAACUACAACAGAACUCUAUAAUAAAAAUAAUUCAAAGA